CACUCUGCCCAGCGAUGUUGGAAGAGCCUGCCAUUGCAGUCACACUUAUUGCCUAGAUGUGACAUUGUGUCACUGUUUAUAUUACAUAUGCCACAGUCUCUGCUCCAAUCUGUUUUCUGAAGAUCUAGAAUUAGGAUUCGGUUUUUGGGCUGUGUCUGCUGACGAUCCCCCAUGUGAUUCUAUAAGUGGGAAUGUGGGAGCCCCACCUGCCUUCUGGGUCUGCCCGAAGCUAAUGCGUUCCUGGAGGCUUGCGGGCAGAGGGCUGGCUGCAGCUGUCUUGUCCAGAUGAUCUGCCGGACCUUUCCGCGGUGCGAACUGUAAGGCAUGAAGAGACCACAAGGCAGAUGCGCCGGAAAGGCUCUCCCGGUCCAGAGAGCAGGGACAGCGGUUUCAGUGAGGGCAUAAAGAAGAUCCUCUUCCGGCAGUCUGGGCACAGGAGAGCGGAUUCUCUGGGAAAACCUGGACCUGAGGGAGUCUGCAAACCCUGAGAGUUUCUGCAGAUUAAAGGGAGCAGCAACGGCUGUAGCAGCGACGGUGAAUUGGCUGAGCCAGAGGACCUGCUCCACUACCGCCCCCCACAAGCAGUAGAGCCCAGAGUCGCUAAGCAGUUCAGCCAGAACCACCCCAGCAUGGACAGUCCAACCGACCACUGCCCAGAGCACCCGCACAAACAACAGACUGGCCAGAACAGGGGCCGUCGGAUCACACAAGACAACAUGGGCUACAGCAGUGGAGGCUGGGCCACCACAGACCCCGCCCACUGGGGUGGGUUCAGCCCCUGGAUGCACGAGUACGAGAGCCAGAGCGACUCGGACGUGGACCGCCCGGAGCCCGACGUGGUGCUGGACGACCUGGCCAGCCGCAGGUUCCGCAGCCCCUCCCCCGCAACCCCAGCCAAUUACGCCAUUCCCAUGAGUCCCGUGGGCACCAGGGCAGGGGGCGGGUUGUCCCUACAACAGGCGGCCGCCCGUCAGGCCCCCUCGCGGCAAAACCUGGCCUACCUCAGUAGCUCCUCACCGUCGCCCACACCUGGCAGACUGAGGCCCUCUUUGGAGGAUGUCCCACUGACAGAGGAGUUGUACAAGGAUUCGGAGGAUGAGGAGGGUGAAGGGGAGGAGGGGUAUGCUGACCCCAUUCAGGAUGACCUCUAUACCCGUAGGGUGGGCCUUAGCCACCAGCCCUCCAAAAACGUGGCCUAUGACAAGUUCCUGCCCAAGUAUUGGACGCCAGAGGAGGAUGCUCAUGUUCGCAAGAUCAAACUGGGGUCCCAGCGUCGUCCAUGGUACAGGAAGAUGCAAGGGCUCAGCCCAAAGAAAUCCGGUUCAUCGUCAGAUGACUCUGACUGUGACGUCAGUCCUUGGCUUGGAAGGCCUUCACCUGCACGUCCUUAAACUGGCAGGCCUCCUAAUUACCUUAAAGCACUUAGAGGCUCUGCCCACCCUUUCCUCCUCACAGCUGUUUGGUUGAUUCUGCAGUUUGAUUCCAUAUGGACAGAAGCAACUUUCCAAAGGAUAAUCAUGCUAUAUCCAAUCUUGGCAUACUAAUGUGGUCUAAUAAUUAAUCAUGGAUUUUAACUAAUAUUCUCCAUGUGUUUUCAAUUCUGUGUCUAUAAUUACAAUAUUCUGAUCUGGUUCCUUACCAUCAUAAUUUAUACACAGCUAUGUCAUAAAGGGAUACUGCUCCUGACUUAUUUUUACAUGCCUACAUAUUGUAUGUACAUUUGUUCAGAAGAUAGGUCAUUUAUUUUCUUUAAGAAAAUUUGCUUUGCACAUUUAGUUAGAGUAGCAAUACAAUCGCAUACUGUAAAACAUGUUUUGUAUGACUACAGUAUCAAUAGCAAUACAGUUCCAAAUAUUUACUAAUGUACAAUUUCAAGUGAGUAUUUGAGAGGUAAUAUAACAUCUAACAAACAUGAAAGUUUCAUUUAAAAAAAAUGUUUUGAAGGUACAUUUUAAUCCUGGAGUCUAGAGGUGGCAUCAUCAUGUGUGAAAGUGAGAAUCUCAGCUUUUGGCUCUGUUGUGGAUCUGGUAUUAUUUCUUUUGCAUUUACAGUCUUGCAAAUGCGUCUUUGCUCUUCUGUCUUUUUUCCAACCUCCUGCUCACACACACCCACACACCAUUUCACAGCCUUCACGGAGACCUCUGUGGCUUACAUCACACCUGUGAGGGCAUGACCGAGUGUUGCACCUCACCUGCAGUGAAACUGCCAUUACACUGUUACACUGUUAAAGUGUAAUGAAGCCUCCUUUCCAGGACCAGGUACCGCCACAUCUUUGACAACCGUUCCGGAACUUUCCUUUCUGACAGUGAUGACAUUCACCAGAUGGGCCCGUUGCUUCAACAGUACUGCGAUUCAGUUUUGCAGCCCAGAUAGGCAGAGGUAUGAAGAUAUGAGAUAUCAAGUGGACAUAUUUUGUACAAAGCAAUAUGAACUUUAUAUUGUGUAUAUAUACAUAUAUUCAUUUAUGUUUAUUUGUUUGUUUUGUUUUUUUCUUGCUUGAAUUGAAAUUGGACAAAUUCAAUUCUGGUGCACAUCAGAUAUGAAAUAAACAAGAGGUAACUGGAAAGUCUUUGGUGACAAUAAUGAUGAUGGGUGCAUUUUGGGAGACUGGCUUUGAGACUAACACCUACGUUCGAGUUUGACGGUUUGAUUAUCACUCCUCCACAAGCAGUGGGGAGUUCACACGGACGUAUAAAUGCAGGAAUGCAAUGAACAAAGUGGUGAGCGAAGGUUUAUUCCAGGUUGUCAUUAUUUAUAUACCGCUUUAUAUUGUUCCUCAUUUUUUCUCUGUGGAAGGAUUGGGAGUUGUAUCAGGUCUGACAGAAUCAAAUAAAUAUAUUUGAGCAGAA